CCAGCGUCCGAUCUCCUAUUCCCCACCCUUCCUCACCGCACCAUUCACCAACCGCCGUCUCCUCCUCCCCCCACUCUCGCCUUCCCCCCUCUCUCUCCUCUCCUCUCCGCGACUCCCUCCACCCCCGCGCGCGCGCGUUUUUUUUUUUUCGUAAGGGUUUUUGGAGGGCGGCGCGGGGAUGGCGGACGCGGGGCACGACGAGAGCGGGAGCCCGCCGAGGAGCGGCGGGGUGAGGGAGCAGGACAGGUUCCUGCCCAUCGCCAACAUCAGCCGCAUCAUGAAGAAGGCCGUCCCGGCGAACGGCAAGAUCGCCAAGGACGCCAAGGAGACCCUGCAGGAGUGCGUCUCGGAGUUCAUCUCCUUCGUCACCAGCGAGGCGAGCGACAAAUGUCAGAAGGAGAAGCGCAAGACCAUCAACGGGGAAGAUCUCCUCUUUGCGAUGGGUACGCUUGGCUUUGAGGAGUACGUUGAUCCGUUGAAGAUCUAUUUACACAAGUACAGAGAGAUGGAGGGUGAUAGUAAGCUGUCCUCAAAGGCUGGUGAUGGUUCAGUAAAGAAGGAUACAAUUGGUCCGCACAGUGGCGCUAGUAGCUCAAGUGCGCAAGGGAUGGUUGGGGCUUACACCCAAGGGAUGGGUUAUAUGCAACCUCAGUAUCAUAAUGGGGACACCUAAAGAUGAGGACAGUGAAAAUUUUCAGUAACUGGUGUCCUCUGUGAGUUAUUAUCCAUCUGUUAAGGAAGAACCCACAUUAGGGCCAUAUUUAUUAGUAGAAGACUAAAGCACUUGAAGGGUGUUGGUUUAGAAAGGGUGUUAACAGUUGGCUGUGGCGAUUGCUUCACAGAUGUAAAUUGCUUCAUAAGUGGUUUAAUGCUUGUUUUUGCCUGUAUAUUCAGAGCAAUUUUCACAUAUUGGUAGUUCUGCAAUCUUUUGCAUUCCCAUACAUGUAUCAGGUGGCACAAAUCUAUUGCAAGUACCCUAGCAUUGAAUAAUGCUGGUUAACAUAUAAUUCUGUAACGUCCGUAUUGUUUCGACUGUGAUGCUUGCCGUAUGGGCAAUGGCAUGUGUUCUAGAGGGGGCAUUCAAUAUUUAGGUAUCUCAAGAAUGUACCAAAUACUCCCUUCGUUCAAUUCAGAAACACCUUUUUUUAA